UUUGUGAAUCUCAUAAYAAAUUAUCUUGGUUUAACAAGAGAAAGUAUUUGACUUUACAAAAAGCAGUUAAGUUAACCCUACCGAAUUGAAAGCAAAUAUGCCAUCCCGACCAAAGAAGAUCAAUAAAGUCUCUAGCAGCACUGGARGUAGUUUAGUGCAAGAAUUUGCUGACUUUGACAACGAAGAAAAUGACCUUCUAGCUGARCAACAAACUACUAGCAAAGCUUGUGAUGAUCAAUCAAAAAAGUCAAAAAAGAGAAAAGUUAUUGAUCAAACUCCAGAUGAAAUGGAUUAUUCAGACCAGGAAGAUGACAUGCCUGAUAAGGGAUCUGAGCUGGAGAUGUCAUCCCUUCUCAGUGGUUUUGGUGCGGAAAUCAAGAAUACUCUGAAUGCCAAGAGGAAAAGAAUCCAGUCAUUCACUCAAGCAGCACUUAAAGCAAGCAACAAGAAAUUUGAUGAAAUCUGGCAGAAACAACAGAGAGAACGAGUACAGCACGAAGACUUYAGCAAACAGGUUAUGAAUGUUUUGGGUCAGUGGGAGAUUGACUUACAGAAAACCAGAGAAGCUAUGGAAAAACUGGAGGCNNNNUACCAUCAGCAAUCCAAGCUAUUCAACCAACAGCAUGCCGCACAGACUCAGAGACUGAAACGAGUAGUCCACCUUCACGAAGACUACAUGAAAAACGUUCAGGAACUCAAGAAAAACCAAGAAGAAUACAAGCAGAAUGUCUUUGAUCAGCUAAGGAAAGAAACCAGCGUUUUGCAGAAAAAGAUUCUUUCGGACACGCAAGCGCAAGAUUUCUCCAAUGUCCGCAGAUCUUUACAAACAAUGCUGGCUCAAGUUUAACAGUUUAGUAGUAUAUUUUGUAAAUACUUGAGAAUAUGUUUACCAAGAAAUUAUAUCAGUAAUUAGUUAUUGUGAUUGUUCGAACAUCAUUCAAAGUCCUUUUGUGCAUU